AUGGGCUCCAUUGCGAAACAGUUGAAGGCGGAAGCCGUAUAUCCUACCGCCAACCCGAUGUUCGUUCAAUUCCCGAGUAGGAGGAGUGUAGUGCACAGCACCAAGGGCAUGGUGGCGUGCACGCAACCUUUGGCCGCGGAGGCAGGCCAGAGGAUAUUAAAGAUAGGAGGCAAUGCGGCGGAUGCCGCCGUCGCCGUCGCCGCUGCAUUGAACAUGACCGAACCGUCCUCGACAGGCAUAGGCGGUGACAUGUUCUGUUUGUAUUUUGAUGCGAAAACCAAGAAAGUGCAUUCUCUCAAUGGAUCGGGACGCAGCCCCAAGAAUACAACUUUGGAACAGGUCAGGAAAGAAUUGGACAUGUCAGCGUCUGCACGAGGCAAGAUUCCCUUCAACAGCGCACUGGCUGUUACAGUUCCAGGUGCCGCUGCUGGAUGGGUGGACACCAUUGAGAAGUAUGGGAGCGGCAAGUUGAGCAUGGAACAGAUUUUGGCCCCGGCAAUCGAGCUGGGAGAAGAAGGGUUUCCCGUCAGUGAGCUUGCGGCAUCAUUUUGGCAAGCUGGAGAGGACGACUUGAAAAAUGCAUCGCCGAAUUUCCGGGAGAUGCUCAAGAGAGACAAAAAUGCAGAGCUAUUUGUUCGCGCUCCCCGCGCCGGAGAGAUCCUCAGAAACCCCUGUUUAGCGAAAACGUUCAGGACGUUGGCGGCAGAAGGGAAGAAAGGGUUCUAUACCGGAAGAGUCGCCCAAGCCAUUGUCGACGUCCUCAAAAUGAUGGGUGGGCAUAUGGAGCUGUCUGACCUCGAGGACCACAUGAAUCGGGGACCAUGCGAGACCGAGCCCAUCUCACUAAAAUUCAGGGGUCAGAAUAUUAAGAACACGGCAUCACAGAGAGUGGCAAAUGGUGUUGCGGAUAGCCACUUUGUCGAGCUUUGGGAGCAUCCGCCCAAUGGGCAAGGGAUCGUGGCCCUGAUGGCCCUUGGGAUCCUGGAAGAACUCGAAGCGACCAAGAAAAUCCAAACAUUUGCCCAAGAAGAUCACAACAGCGCCCCAUACUUGCACGCGGUGAUUGAGGCCCUCCGCAUUGCGUUUGCGGAUGCCAGUUGGUGGGUGACCGAUCCGGAUCAUAGCCCUGUCUCACCUGCAGAGAUGAUCUCUCGUCCGUACCUCGCGGAACGAGCAAAGCUGUUUAACAAAGACAAAGCAGGGAACCACGCGAAAGGACAGCCGGGGCCUAGCCCGGCACAGAACCAUAGUGAUACCGUCUACUUCGCGGUGACAGAUAGGGAGGGAAACGGAGUGAGCUUCAUCAAUUCCAACUAUGAAGGGUUUGGAUCGUGCAUCAUUCCCCAAGGCUGUGGCUUUACACUGCAAAAUCGUGGGUCGAACUUUGAGCUGGGGCCCGACAACCAUCCCAAUAUUUACAAGGGCGGCAAGAGGCCGUAUCACACCAUCAUUCCGGGACUGCUGACCCAUGGAGAAGAGGUUGAACGGGAGUUGCAUUCUGUAUAUGGCGUCAUGGGUGGUUUCAUGCAGCCGCAAGGCCAUGUUCAGGUUCUGCUCAACAUGGAGGUGUUUGGGAUGAAUCCCCAGCAGGCACUCGAUGCUCCUCGAAUAUGCAUUGGUGCAGGAAUGCCGAAGGCUGGGGGAGAGACGCAGAUGGGCACGGUGUUUAUAGAAGAAGGGAUCGAUGAGGCGGUGGGCACGACGCUCAAGCAGAUGGGCCAUGAUGUCCAAGUGGUCAAUGGUUGGGGAAGAGCCAAGUUUGGGAGAGGACAGGUCAUUCGGCGGCAUGUUGAUGAGGAGACGGGAAUGGUGGUGUUUAGUGGUGGAAGUGACAUGAGAGGAGACGGGUGUGCUUUGCCUGGAUAG